UGGUGAGCGCGUGCCGCAUACAGAGAAUGCGAGAACAUUCUCCUCUUGCUUAAGCACGAAGGGAUCGGAAACUCCGCGUGCCAUCACUGUCCAUCGUUUCCUAUUAAUGGCAACGUAAGAUAAAGACUCUGAUUAGACCAGCAGAUCUCGCUGUUCGAGCCUUCUCCAUCAAGGGGCGAUUUGUUUUUAUCCAGCGAAGAGCUUCCUUCUUCUUCGUGCGUUUUUUUGGGGUUUCGGUUCAGGUUGGAAUACAUUUCUGGUAAAAUGGAGGACAAAUGUGCCACUGCAGACAAAAUCGAGGUAGAGGAAGGAAAAAAGGAGUUUCAUGUGAAGGUCACAGGAAAAGAGAUUGAUGCAAGUGCAGAAAAGGAGGAGAAGAAAGAGUUGGAGAUUGAAAUAGGCACAAAAUCUGUAGAGAAAGAGAAGAUCAAGCAUGAGGUUAAGGAUGACGAGGAGCAGCAUAAGGAGAAGUUGGAUAAACAUGGGAUAAAUGGGGAUGAAAAUGAUGAAUCAAAAGAAAAGAAGAAAAAGGACAAAAAAGGUGAGGACGAUAAGGAUCGCGACAGUGACUCAAAGGAAAAGAAGAAGAAGAAGAACAAGAAUGAAGAGGAUGAUUUCAAAGAAAAGAAAACAAAAGAUGUGUCUGAGGUAAAGAAGAAAAGCAAAGAUGAAGAGGAUGGACCAAAGGAAAAGAAGAAAAGCAAGGAUGAGGAAGGUGAAUCAGAGAACAAAAUGAAAAUUAAGGACAAAGAUGAUGAAUUGAAGGAUAAAAAGAAGAAAAAUAAGGAUAAAGAUGAAGGAUUGAAGGAAAAGAAGAAAAGCAAAGAUGAGAGUGGGGAUGAUAGUCAGGUGACAGAAAAGGAGAAGAAGAAAAUCAAGGAUGAAGCUGAUGAAAUCAAAAUAAAGAAAAAGAAAAACAAGAAUGAAGAUGAUGACUUGAAGGAAAAGAAGAAGAGCAAAGAAGAAGAGGAUGAACAGAAAGACAAAAAGAAAACCAAGGACAAAGAUGAUGAAUCUAGAGGGAAGAAGAAAGAAACAAAAGACAAAGAUGAAUUGAAGGAGAAGGAGAAAAGUAUCCAUGAGGAUGAUGAUGGAUCAAAUGAAAAGAAAAAGAAAGAUGAAGAGGUAGAAAAAGAAGAAACUGCAGAAGAUAAAAAACACAAGAAGCAAAAGAAGAGAAAAAUAGAAGUUGGUGAUGAUUCAGACAAACAGAAGGACAGAGAGACAGAUGCUAGCAAAGAGGAUGCGAGUGAAGAUGGAAAGAAAAAGGAUAAAAAGGAAAAAGACAAGAAAAAGAAGGAAAAAGGCAAAGUAGGGAAGGAGAAGAACAUGGAUAUAGAAAAGCUUAAAGAGCAGUUAAAGAAGAUUGAAGCCAAGAUGGAAGUUCUGCAGACAAAGAAAGAUGAUAUUUUGAAACUGAUUACAGAAGCAGAGGCAGUUCAACAGGUGGAAAAUUCCAAGGAAAAGUAAAUACAAUGCAAGCUGGCCUUUAGAUGAGCAUGAUAAUGAUGACCUCUUGUUAUGAUAGUUUUAAUUCUAAGUUCAAGUAAUUUUUCAGUAGAUGGCAAUAAUCACAAACUUGAAUCAAGCGACUAAAUUUCCAUGGUAAAUGUCCAUGUACCAUGCUUUUUACAACUGCUGUGCUGAGAAUGGAUAUAUUUUGGCUAAAGUGGAAGGUCAUGUAUAGAAAUGACAAAGCCACCAAACUUGCUUUAUGAUGUCUCAUCUAUCUGUUGUGAUUGGUUAUCCCAACCUGAAACAUUCAAGUUCAACUACAAAAAGCGACAAGAACUCACUGCAUUUUAAACAUUCUCUACCCAGUACAACUUGCUUUGCUGCAGCUUUGCAAAGAAUAGUAGAUGAAAUCAGAAGAAAUCAUCUCAUCAAAAGCAAUCAAAAUUGAGUUGGCACAAAGGGAUAAUGUUCAAUGCUCAUAGGGCGCAAGGCCCAAGUUAGAAUGGCAAUAAACUAGCAAAUACCCAUGGCAAAUAGACCACCAACGCCUGACUUCUUGCAACAGUAGCAGAAGAUUCAGAAGUAGAAGCCAUAGAAGCAGAGGAACAUGACAUGCUGGCUUGAGGUUAUCUCCGACAGUUUUAAGUGUAGGGUGGUUUCCCAACGACAACAAUGGCAUAAGAGAACUCAUCACGGGGUUCUCGAUCAGAAUAGACGACUCCGGCCGAAGGGUCAACUGUGAACCUGAUGGCAUCCAAAUUGUUGUUCCUGCAACGAGGAAAGAAGGAAUUGAAAGUGUUGAAUACAGGAAUAACAUUUGUAAUCUGAAUGAGUGUUUGCUAUAUCGAUGCAAGACCGGCCAAAUACAGUGUGUUUGCGUGUGCACAUUUUAGUAAAAUUAUCAAUGUAAACAAUAUAGUUGUAUGGAACCAUGACCUGCCAGGAAGAGGGAUGAUGUACUGAGAAAUCAUAAACACAGGACAAUUUUCAUGA